UAUUUUAUAUUUUAGAUACAAGUUCCUAUGCCAAUAUGUACAAUACAAUAUAUAGUAUAAUAUUGUUACUAAUAAGUAUAGUAAAUAAUGUAAGAGGUCAUGGAAGACUUAUGGAUCCUCCAGCAAGAAAUUCCAUGUGGAGAUUUGGGUUUCCAAACCCUGUUAACUACAACGAUAACGAGUUAUUUUGUGGAGGAUAUGCAGUUCAAUGGGAGCAAAACGAGGGUAAGUGUGGGGUAUGCGGGGACCCAUACCACGUAAAAGAACCAAGGCCCCAUGAAGCAACAGGUAUCUACGCAAAAGGCAUCGUAACCAGACAUUACAGUGUCGGUCAAGAAAUCGACAUUGAAGUGGAAUUAACUGCCAAUCAUUAUGGGAGGUUCGAAAUAUUUUUGUGCCCCAAUAACAACCCGGGUCAGGUGGCAACCCAGGAUUGUUUGGAUCGAUACCCAUUGCAUGUCAGUGGGACUGAUUCCUUUAUUUUUGAGAUACCAGAGGAUGGAAAGAAGAAGGCUGUUUUUAGAUACAACGUCCAACUGCCCCCGUAUCUCACUUGCACCCAAUGCGUUCUCCAAUGGACCUACUACACCGGAAACCAAUGGGGGAUGUGCGAGAACGGAACCCAAUCAGUCGGCUGUGGAAAGUCCGAAACUUUCAGGAAUUGUGCUGAUGUAGCCAUAUUAUCGAGCACUGGCGGAGCAAGACCUCCGUUGUUCGUCGAAGAUGAUUCAUACUUGUUGUAUUACAAAGAUAGUAGAAUGUCUGCACCAUAUAAUGUUUAUCCUUUGGUUGUAAGGGAUCAAGUUUGUGUUCCACAUAAUCAAUACAGAAUUAUACCUGGCAUGAGAGAUUGGUGUCAAACUAACUGCCUGAGGUAUCCACCAAAUUGUCCAACAUCCAUUUGCGAAUGCCCAACUUCUUGUGAAGCAGUAGGAGAAUACGAAGGUAUAUUUGAAGCUGAUGUUUUAUGUAUGGAUCAAUGCUUAACUUACGGAAAUAGAACUGACACAUGUCCAAGGGAAAAAUGUCAUUGUUUUGCCGAAUAUUAAAUAAAAU